CAAAACUCAACUAUACUAAACCUGUGAUCCUUCCGCCUUUUAAAUGUGUGAGGGUUUAACAUUUCAGAGACUAAAAAACCUAGAUGGAUUUUCUGGGUUCGAUUCAAGUGCUCACAGCCUGCAAAGAUGCAGCUGGAAUUGCAGGGAAUAUCUUUGCUUUCGGACUAUUUCUAUCUCCUGUGCCUACGUUCAGGAGAAUUAUUAGGAACGAGUCAACAGAGCAGUUCUCGGGGCUGCCUUACAUCUACACUCUCUUGAACUGCUUGAUCACUGCUUGGUAUGGUUUGCCAAUGAUCUCGACUGACAACUUGCUUGUCACAACAGUCAAUUCAGUUGGUGGAGUUUUCCAGCUAGUGUACAUCGCUAUCUUCAUAGUACACGCUGAAAAGAAUAGAAAGUUGAGGAUGUUAGGGCUGCUUUUGUCAGUUUUCAUAGUGUUUGCAGCUAUUGCAGUGGGAAGCUUGCUCAUGAGUGACUUUGAAGUCCGCCAUCUGACCGUUGGAUUUCUAAGCUGUGCUGCCCUCGUAUCUAUGUUUGCUUCACCGUUGUUUAUAAUCAAUUUGGUGAUUAGAACAAAAAGCGUUGAAUUCAUGCCGUUUCAUCUGUCCCUCUGCACGUUCUUGAUGAGCACAUCGUUUCUCUUAUACGGUUUAUUCAAUUUCGAUCCAUUUAUAUACGUCCCCAACGGGAUUGGAACUGUUUUGGCAACAAUACAAUUGUGUUUGUUCUGGUAUUACACAAAGCCAUCAACAAGAGAUUCCACACAACCACUGAUAGUUUCCUAUUCUGGUAGUGGUGCCUGAAAAAAGAUGUUGAGCUAGACCCCUCAAGAUUGUUUGUACGUUGAGUAUCGAAGGACAAGAGUCGAGCUCAACGAGUCAUCUUCAGGCCUGGGAUCUCUGUAUAUUUGAGGCUGGCAGUUGAAAAAUGUUUUUGUUAUUCUUUCCUUUUCCAUCUGUCUUACAUUUUAUUUAUCACUAUUGUCAUAUUCUAUUGCUUUUUUAGAAAUCUGAGCUUCCAGAUUCCCUGUAUGGAUGUUCUUCAACUUCUACAUUCAUCAAGGCAGUAUUUUUGGUAUAUUAGUAA